AUGGACAACGGCGAGCUAGUAUCAACAGCAUUCCCUGUCGAAGCAUCGUCGGAUAAGACAGUUGGCGCACUCAAGAAAGCCAUCGUAGCAGAGAACCCAGGCGCCUUUGAGCACAUCGACGCCAAGGACCUGGUGCUCUGGCGCGUCUCCAUUCCUGACGAUGACGACGACCUUCCUAUUCUGCUCGACUCUGUGUCUGAAAAGAAGAAACUCAAGGCAACCACCAAGCUCUCCAAGGUCUUUGACGCUGAGCUGCCUGAGGACACGAUUCACAUCGUUGUGGAGCGACCCCAAGCUGCAAGCACGCCGCACACACUCGACCUUCAUCCCGAGGUCGCUGCAUUACGCAAACAGUUGUCCGAGAUGGAACAGCUCAAUGUGGACCUGAGAAGCACUUCCAUUUCCAAGGACAAUGGCCACAAGAACUUCACCAUAUCUUUGGAUAGCCCGGCCAAGAAGUUCUCGUCGUACACCUGGAAGGAUGCACAGAGCCAGUAUGGAGUCCGAGAGUUCGAACUCAUGCCAGCGUUCGAUAUUCAACCGAGGUCAUUGCUGGAAGACGAGAAAACGGUAUUGAAGCACAUCGUUGAGGACUGUGUUUUCAAGAACAAGGCGUACCUGCUUGGUCCGGGGGCAAGCGAGGCAACAAAGUCAUCGGUUGUCGAUACAUUCAUGGUUGGAGCCAUACAAUCCUACGGUUCCGAGAUGUUCCUGGCACAACAACGGCCAAUGAGCGGUAUGCGUGGUCACGGGGCCGUCGACUUUGCUGUUGUCGACCGAGUACAUCAGUCGCAAGUUCUUGGUGUCACGGAAGUGAAGAAGGAGGAUUAUGCGCAAGGCCUAGCUCAAAAUAUGGCGGAACUCGAUGUGGCCGUGCAACAAAAGAAACGAAAACGAAUUGACGAAGUGGACGAGGACAGCGGAGAGAGAAUACCAGCUCGCUUCAAGUCGUAUGGGAUUGUGACGGACUCAUUCAAGUGGACACUUGUGGAAUGUACAUUGGACGAGGGCGACGUCUUGUCGUUUCGAGUGAAGGACAUCCCAGGCGUUCUUGACUUGAAGCAGACCAAGAAGGAAGACGUGGAAAAGGACUGUGAGAAAGUCUUUAGCUAUGUUCUUGCCUUGUACCAGUUGAUGAAGGUUGAGAUUGUGAACAGGAGCGCUUAUGGCAGUCCUUCGUCUGACACCCCACCAAGCGAGAGAAUAGCGACUAGUUCACCUCGUUCAUAG